AUGUGGUUUGAGGAGAGAAGUUGGUCGAACUUGCGCAUGUCAGAUCUGGUGGAGGAAUGGCGAGACUUGUGGUCUUUCAAAAUUGAUUUCUUAGUAGCUGGACUAUCUUAUGUGUUUGCUACAACAAAUUUGCUGAAUCUGCCUAAGCUCAUUCUCGAAAAUGGAGGAGUUGCAUUCAUUGCUGCCUAUGGAGCUGCUGUUCUUGCUCUAGUUUUACCAACCAUUGUCUUAGAGUUGGCGGUAGGACAGUUAACAGGACGCGCUCCUGUUUCUGCUUUUUACAGCCUCAGUCCUGUUUUCAAAGGUGUCGGUGUGUCACAAGUACUGUUCUCACUCCUUGUACUCUGUUGUAUGACUAGAGUCUUGGCAUGGUUAUGCUUAUACCUGUUCCAACUGGUCAUUACUGUACAGAAAGGCAGACCAGGAUUGCCAUGGCUAAACUGUCUUGGUUUCCCUGAAAUGCUUUCACAGCCAUGCUUGGAAGCUGGAGCAUUAGCUAACUCUUCUACAACAUUCUCGACUAAGCUGAAUGUUGUUAAUGCCCAAAGUUCUCUUAUGCAGUUCAUGACUUUCCAUGACAAUCCGACUGAUUCUGUUGUCGAGUUCGGAGAGUUCCAAUACUAUCUGUUAGCUGCUCAAGGAUUGGUUUGGUUCCUUGUUUUUGCGGCUAUUUGCUUUGGUGUUCGAUGGCUCGGAAAGGUUAUUCCUUUCUUUUUCAUGGGAUCCUUCAGCAUAAUGCUUACAUUGUUUGUUCGCUCUUGGACAUUAGGAGGCCUUCCUGAAAUCCUGAACGUUUAUUGGGUGGCUACCGAUUGGAACCGACUAGCUGACUAUCAUGUCUGGAAGUUGGCUGUUGAACAAGCAAUUCUUGCUACCGGCAUUGGUUUUGGUGCUUUCAUCUCUAUAGCUUCAUACAAUAAGCGCAGCAACAAUCUUGUUGGAGAUUCCAUUCUGAUCGUGUUUGGUCAUUGUGUACUAACUGCAAUGCAGGUUGCUGUUGUCGUUGGUCUCGUAGGAUUCGUAUCCAUGAAGACUGGAUUAAGUCCUUUGGAAGUGAUGGAUAAAGGAGAAAACCAAAUGUGGCAUAUUCUCACAUACUUCUCAUAUGUUCCAAACACCAAGCUCUGGUCAGCUUUGUUCCUGGUUGCUUCUGUUUUCGUACUUCUGAAUGUUUUCUAUCUCCUUUCUAUUUCUGUACUUUCUACCUUGGAAGAUGCUCUUGGCGAGAAAUGGUCUAGAUGUUUCCCACGAUUCGUAUUAGCGAUGUUCACUUGUGGACUCGUCUUUUCCAUGUCACUCUAUUUCUCAACACAAGCUGGAAGACAUGCCUAUGAACUUGUUACUGGCUUCAUGAAGUACAUCACGAUUUUCGUUAUUCUGGCCUUUGAGCUAUUUGCCACUGCUUGGUUCUACUGCGCUCAUCGUCUGGGAAUGGAUCUCCACACUAUGCUUAGAAGAGCUUGUUGUUGGUGUUUGGGACACUUUAUCCUUCUUUUCACAUAUCUUCUUCCUGUUUUGCCUGCCGGUGUUGCUGUUCUGAACGCUAUGUCUUACGACUUCAGUUCGUUCUCUCCAGCAAUUCAUGCUUGGCCAUGGAGCGAGUAUGUAGGAGCUGCUUGUGCAAUCGUUCCUCUUAUUCCUAUACCAUUAUUCUUCUUUGGAGCCUUACUCAAAGCAUGUUGUUGCCGAGAUACAGCUGGAAAUACCAAAGGACAAAGACUUAAAAACACUGUUACGACCAGAUUGCGUCGAGAUCACUCCCAUCCAUACAGCCAUGAGAAGGCUCCUCCUCCUCGUUACACCGGAAGUGCUCCCGGUUACUUACUGUUACCGCAAGCUCCUCUGGCAGAACCCGAAACUUAUGCUUGA